CGAUACUGUCUUAUCCGCAUGUCACUCACUUUGAACAUUUCUAAUUUCGUUGUAAAAACAAAGAACACACUUGCCUUAUCAGCUUGUUCUUGGUAUCUACGAACAGAACACAAGUCUGGCAGGUCUCUCAACUUAAAUAUAGCCAAACGUUGAGCAACGAGUUCAGUUUGUUGAGUUCCGGAAGAGCUGAAGGUCUAACCGAAAUAUGAGAGUUCCGCAAUGUCACAUCCACGUGGUCUUAUUACUGGCCUUCUUCAUCGGAAUCCGGGCGUAUUCGCUGGAGGUGAAGUGUCAACUCUUGGCUGGAAAGGGUUACAUAGGAGAUCCCAGUGAUUGCCAGGCCUGGGCUUACUGCGAGGACAACAGGCUCAUUGAUCGACGUAGCUGUUCGGAGGGCUCGCUGUUUAAUUUCCGAGAUGGAUCCUGCAAGAAGGCUUCGCAGGCAAAGUGUCAUUCCAAUCUAUCGGAGAUCUGUUCCCAGCUUAGGCCGGGAGACUAUGCUGCCGAUCCGACCAAUUGCCGUCGAUUCGUUAGCUGUGAGGCCAGAGAAGAUGCCUCCGGAGGCGACUGCGGCGAGGAUCAGGUGUUCAGCAAUAAGCUGCAAACCUGUGUGGCAGAAAUCUCCGGCUGUCCGCAGAACAAUAUUUGCUCCCUCAUGAAAGACGGCUUGCUUCUGGCAGAUCCACAGACCUGCAACAUUUACUAUAAAUGUCACAAUGGUUUCGCCACCUCGUUGAAUUGCUCCGCUGGUCGGUAUUUCAACAGAAUCACAGGUCACUGUCAGUCCUGGCUGCCGGAGCAUUGCUCCAAGGACGAUGAAACAGUUCCUGCUAUACCGCCCACCUCAAAUUCACAUAUCUGUGCCAAGUUCUAUCAGCCGGAUCGAUCCGGAAUGCAGAGCUUCCCAGAUCUAAUGACCUGUUACGGCUACUACACCUGCACCUCCCCGUACGAUGUGGGAAAGUGGAAUAGCUGUCCCUGGGGCACACACUUUCAGUGGUGGAGCGAAAGCUGUGCAUCACCGGAGGGCAAUAGCUGCUCCUACGAUCGCUGUGGAAAUAUGAACCGUCUGAUGGUGGCCACUAUUAACACGGGUUGCCGGGAAUACACUGUCUGCCGGGAUUAUCGCUCAACGAAAUCGGAAAAGUGUCCCGGUGACUAUCCGUACUUCAACGAACUUAGUGGCCAGUGCAGCAGGCAGUUUCCCAAUCACAGGGUGUGCUACAUGAAUGGCUGAAAAGUGGGGCUACGGGAUCGAUUUAUUCCUAAUCUCAAUUAGACUUCAUUAUGAUUUUUCUUUAUACGGAAUAAAUCGUUAAAUGUA